UGUGUUUAUUCAUCAGAGUUAUUGCGCAUAAGCGCAAAUAAUUAAUCAUCGUGUGCGAUUUGCUGUAGCUCGACAGCGAAACCUUUUCUAGGUCUCAUUUCUCGACCCGGAAUGUCGUGGAACGCUAAAUAAAGGAUAAGACGUAUGUACGAUUUCAAGAUAUCAUGUUUAAUAUUAUAUUGAUGAUAAAAAAUUCAAAACAUGUCGCAGCCGACUCGUGCAAACUUGCGUGCGAACUACAUUUCUAUUUCUGUUACCUCUUUAGUUUAUUCGCGUGCAAGCUUGACGUUUCACAAAGUCCGCAGAACUUUUACUUUUUCCACAGCGAUAUGUGUAGAAAUCUGAAAUUAAAGCACAGUGGAACAUACGUGGCACUCUUCUUAGCUUUCUCGCGAUUCACUUGCAACGUUAACGCAGGAGACAGCGACUUUAUUCGUGACUAUUUCGUCAACAAGGCAACGCGAUAUGUCGUGGGAUUUUCUUGCGGGGAUUUUACGAGUGAUUUUUAUUUCAUGAAGUCGUUAAGUAGAGCCGGUAUAUUCACGAUUAUUCGAAAACACGAUUCAAGUAUCAACUUACAACGAUUCUUGAGCACUGAUGCCUGGAGUUUGGGGGUUGUUGUAGAUCUGCGUUGUCGUAACGAAAGUGCUGUGGCCAUAUUCGCAGAGACAUCCAAGUACCGUAUGUACGACUACUCGUAUCACUGGCUGGUUCUGGGAUCGAAACUGAGCAUGAGUGUCCCGCUCUUAAACGAUAGCGCUUACAGCAUGACGACUAAUUUUGUGCUCGCAAUAAUGAACGGCAGCGGCUACGAUCUUUAUGACGUUUUUAAUCAUUGCAAGUAUCGCGGAGGUACGUUAAAUGUGACGAAGCUGGGCUCGUGGCGACAAGGAGAAGGUCUGAUUAUCACCCUGACUCAACCCCUAGUUGAGAGAAGGGCUAAUAUGCACGGCAUGACGUUGAAGAUGUCGGGCGUGAUACAAUAUAGGCCGAAGAACAUGCGAUUGGAGGAUUAUAUGCACGACGCUAACACCAGGUCUUUGGACAGCAUGCACAAGUUCCUAUACGCGAUGAUCACUCACACGGCCGAGCUCUUCAAUUUCAGUGUACAUGCUUCGGAGAUUAUUUAUUGGGAUCGUCACAGCGUCCAUGGCUUGAUAUUCGAGAUAUUACAAACGAAUUACAUCGACUUUGGCAGUAAUCCUAGGAUUAUGGUAUCAGAGAGAUUAAAUUACGCCUCCCUGAUUGGCGCGGCGUGGCCAAUUCGACCUUGCUUCAUGUUGCUGUCCACCACGUCGAGUAACAUCAAGCUCGAGGUUUUCUUUAAGCCGUUUUCGAUUUAUACUUGGUAUCUGAGUGCCGUAUUCAUCGUGUUGUUCAUAUGCGUAAUGAGAAUAAUAAUAAGACGAGAGGAGACGAGAGAAGCAGAAGAAACUCGAAUAGAGAAAUAUUCCAAUGCCGUAAUCCUUACUAUCGGCAUUACCGCUCAGCAAGGCGCAAAUUUCUUUCCCAAACGUAUCCCGGGCCGCAUCGCUUUUCUGCAGAUCCUCUUGUUUAACUGGAUCAUGUACAAUUAUUAUUCGGGCAGUAUAGUGUCGGCUCGUUUGAGCGAACCGCUCGAUAUGAUGGAGGAUGAUGUGACGGUUCUAGCGGAUAGCGAUCUGAAGAUCGCGGCGGAAGCUGUGCCCUAUCUCAACUACUUUCUAUAUAAACUCAGCGAGGAAUCAACUUACUUCAGAAAGAAGCGUUGGGAUCCUCUGCCGGAGUCGAAACGGUAUUUGCCGCUGGAAGAAGGCAUGAAGCAGGUCAGUGAGGGCACUCUGGCCUACCACACGGAUCCGAAUACGGCGUAUCCUUACGUCGAACAGAUGUUCGAUCCGAGUAAGAUCUGCGCAUUAACGGAGAUCCAUCUAUUCAAGCAAUCCACCAUGGGUAUGUACGCCAGUCACAAUGGUCAAUUCACAGAGAUGGCGAAAAUUGGGCUAUACAAGAUGUUCAAUACGGGGUUACGUGAUCGACAGAUAAAAUAUUGGUCGAGCAGAAAACCUCAAUGUACACUCGAUACAUUGUCCACGAGAAGCAUAUCCGUAUACGAGACCGCCCCGGCUUUAAUUCUGCUAUUUUUCGGUCUACUCGUCGGAUCUAUGAUAUGCAUCGCCGAGAAUAUCAUAUACUAUCGAUUUAUGAGAGAAGAAAUGCUGACACGAAUGAGCAGCAACGAUGGUGACGGCGGAGGCAACGGUGGCAACGGUGACAGCGGUGAUGGUCGUGACGAUGAUGGUGGCAAUGGGGGCGGAGGCCGAGACAAUAGCGGCGGCAACGCGGAAGAGACGGCCGGCACGAGCAAACAUAAUUUACCCGAAUGAGAACUGUCUCGCCUUGGAAAGUAAAAUAUUCACGAGUGGUUCGUGUGUUAUAAUUGGUACAUUCGUUAGUGUCUCAUAUCUAACAUUCGUUAAUGUAUCGUAUAUUUAUUUAUUUAUUUCAUGCAAAGACAGCGCAGCACAACGCUACAUUUCUCGUUAGUUUAAUUUGUUGUUACAAAUGUAAUUUUUCCCAGCCGCUCUAAUAAAAUGAGUUCACUUUGCAUCGCA